GUCCAGCAGUUCAGCUGAAAGCAGAAGUGUAUUGCUAUUGCUCAUCUUGACCACUUGUUCCACGUGAUGUCAUGUUGCAGGGGAUGGCUGUGAAUGACCAAUCAAAUGAGGAGAGUAAAGUGACUGUAUGAGGAGAAAGGCUGUGACAUCAGUGUUUGUAUGUGGGACUGUGAAGCUGCAAGCACCCUUGGUGUGAGUGAGAGAGAGAAAGAGGGAGACUGCAAAGGCACCUGUCAGUAAGAAUGUGGAUGAUUGUGUUUAUCUUGUGCUGGGUGGUCAGAAUCAAAGCAGCAUGUGAUCUACAAGUUACAACUAAAUUGAAAGUCACCAAAUACUCUGGAGAGUCUGUUCUCCUGCCCUGUUCCUGCACUCAUCUCCAGGCUGAACCUCAGGGUGUCAGAUGGUGGAAGGGCCAAAGGCAGAUUGAUCCAACUAAACCUGCAGACAAGAUUCAGAUGACUAAUCAGGAUUCCCCUGGAAAUCUCUCCCUGCUCAUAUCAGACCUGACUAAGGAGGAUGAGGGGCAGUACAGAUGUGAAGGUCACCAAUACAGCUACAGAGACUUCACACUCACAGUUACAGGAUGCACUCUAAUGGAACAGCUCAUAACACUUCAGAUUAAGAGAAACUCAGGAGAAUCUGCACUGCUGCCCUGCCUCUGUUCUUCUCUGCGUGCCAAACCUGAGAGUGUGAGAUGGAUGACCACCAGCAGGAGUGGAUCCAUGGAUACUGAAAUAUCUAACACAACUGGGCCCUAUAGAGGCAGAGUUCAGAUGUUAAACCGCCAUUCACCAGGAAACGUCUCUCUACUCAUAUCAGACCUGAGUGAGAAGGACCAGGGAACCUAUAUAUGUAUUGUUGAUACACACUCUACAAAAUAUGUUAACCUCCUGGUCAAAGCAAACACAUCGACAACUAAAUCAUCUCCUGGAAAAAAAACACCAGCAAUUAAGGAAAAAGACUCUCGGAGUAACGGUGAAACCAAACCACCUUUCUACAUAUUCAUCAUUGCUGCUGUGCUCCUGUUGCUGCUGCUGCUGGGAGGAGCUAUAUUCCUAUACAUGAGACACAAAGGUCAAAAAGGGAAAUGUACAAAAUCAGGACAGAGGCAUGAGGAAGACCAGGACGACACCAGGGUGUACUGCACUGUUCAGGACACCAUAGAGGACAGAUCCACACAAGCAGAAGAGGAGGAUGACGUGACUUACUCAACUGUUGUCCAUGAUAAAAAACCCAGAGUAGUCCAAGUGGAGAUGGACACAGGUGACGACACAGAAUAUGCCAAGAUCAAAACCAGAUGAGCCAUGACACCCCCACAGACCACCACACUUUGUUCAUGUAAGCACAUGAGUGUUUUCAGUGUAAGAGUUUUUAUUACGCUCACAUUUAUAGUUUGCUAAACUAACUAGUCAUGCAAUUAUCACUUGGAUUUAUAAUGCUAUUCAUGACAUUUUCAAUUCAGAUUUGAACAUGUGCCUGUUAUAAUAAAUGCUGAUACAUGUUAGCCUCUCUCUAAGCAGCAAUGAAAUGUUAGUUAUGCCUGUUACUGGAAAACUCUUGCGUUGAUGUAUAAAUUAGUUCAUUGUUAUCAAUAUAUCUGUCGUCUAUUUUCUGUAAAUGAGAAUGCAUUAUAAAUGUAUAUGUAGAUACAGAUAAUGCAGGGUGUAUAUUUUGAACAAAUAAAAUAUUUUCUAAUGAAA